GUUUUUGGGUUGGAUUGGAUUAGGAUGUAUUUUGUUGGACAGAUUCUUGAGCUUACUUCUUUCCCCACUCUUCCAUCCCUAGCUUCUUUCAUUACAUCACCUUCUAGCUUUCCCUUUCUCCUACUUUGUUUCGUUUUCUUUCUAUUUCUGCUUGCUACUGGCAUGUCUCUAGCGUUGGAUUACUCAUUAACCUAUCUGUGUCUGUUGCUUCUCAACAACUUCAUAAAUUUCUAAUAUAUUAUAUUUUAUUCUCUUUUCUACCUCUAUUUUCAAGAAUCUUUUCUGGGAUUUUGGUCUAAUAUUGAGCUCUGCAACUAUUCGUUGUUGGGAUUUCUUUAUUUUACUUGAUCAUCUUUUUUUUCCUUUUUUUUUUUCUCGUGAUUUCUGGAAUCAUGUUAGACAUGGGUUUUGCGUCCUUUGCAACUUCUGAUGUGAAAAUUUAGCUCUGAAUCUCAGUUGUUUUCUUCUUGUACUGGUUAUUGUACUUGGAUCAGCUCUUCUCUCUCUUUACUUGCAUCACCUCCUAUUUCCGUAGUUAGCUUUGAGCUCCGACUUCUGCUCUUUCCCACUUGGGAUGCCCUACAGUUGGUUUUAGAGAGAGAGAGAGAGAGAAAAGAUUCCCCUUUACUGGGGUUAUUUCUGUGUCUCUUAAAUCUGGUGGUGUAAAACCCAUCGAUCUAGUUAGUUUCAGUGGGCUAUCUUGUGUAGAAGGUGGCUAGCAGAUUUGAAGAAGAUAAAGAUGGGAUUGUUCUCUGUGGCUGUUGUAUUAAUAUCAUUACUUUCAGUAGUGAGUACAGUAAGUGGAAUAGGUGCCAACUGGGGCACACAGGCAACCCACCCACUGCCCCCAGACACUGUGGUGAGGCUACUGAGGGACAAUGGAAUCCAAAAAGUUAAGCUUUUUGAUGCAGAUUAUGAUACACUGAGAGCUCUUGGUGGAUCCAAUAUUGAGGUCAUGGUGGGAAUCCCAAAUGACAUGCUUUUAACUCUGGCUACCAGUAUGAAGGCUGCUGAGAAAUGGGUUGCCAAAAAUGUCUCUACACAUAUCUCCACCAAUAAUGUCAAUAUCAGAUAUGUUGCAGUUGGAAAUGAACCUUUCUUGCAAACUUACAAUGGAAGCUUUCUCAAAACAACAUACCCAGCUCUCCAGAAUGUCCAAUCUGCCCUUGUAAAAGCUGGACUGAGCAAUCAAGUAAAGGUGACUGUUCCCCUGAAUGCUGAUGUAUAUGAGAGUUCAACUGGUGUUCCAUCUGGUGGUGACUUUCGAGCUGAUAUCCAUGAUCUCAUGAUUACCAUUGUCAAGUUCUUGAGUGAUAGUGGUUCCCCCUUUACCGUGAAUAUCUAUCCUUUCAUAAGCCUUUAUUCUGAUCCAAACUUUCCGGUUGAGUAUGCUUUCUUUGAUGGCAAUGCGACUCCUUUGAAUGAUGGUGGGACAUCCUACUACAACAUGUUUGAUGCUAAUUAUGAUACUCUUGCGCAUGCCUUACAAAAGAAUGGAUUUGGAAACUUGCCUAUCAUUGUUGGAGAGAUUGGAUGGCCUACUGAUGGAGAUAAAAAUGCUAAUGGAUUUUAUGCUCAGCGAUUCAACCAAGGUUUUAUGUCGCAUAUCGCAGGUGGGAAAGGAACCCCAAUGAGGCCUGAACCUAUUGAUGCAUAUUUAUUUAGUUUGAUUGAUGAGGAUGCUAAGAGCAUUGAUCCGGGGAACUUCGAACGCCACUGGGGGAUAUUCACAUUUGAUGGAAGAGCCAAGUAUGCCCUUAACCUUGGCACAACAAAUUCAGGAGUUCUAAUUGAAGCAAAAAAUGUCCAUUAUCUGGAGCGGAAGUGGUGUGUGAUGAAGCCAUCAGCCAAGAUUGAUGACCCAAAUGUGGCGCCUAGUGUGAGCUAUGCUUGUGGACUUGCUGACUGCACCAGUCUUGGUUAUGGAACCUCUUGUGGAAGUCUGGAUACUAGGGGGAACAUUUCAUAUGCAUUGAACAGUUACUAUCAGAUUCAGAAUCAACUUGACAGUGCAUGCAAAUUUGAAAACAUUUCAAUGAUCACCAAAAAUGAUCCAUCAACUGGAACUUGCAGAUUUGCGAUAAUGAUUGAGGCGUAUUAUGGAGGGGCAGAGCGUACAGUAGGAUGCUCUCAGAAGGCGUUGCGUUUGGCUGCAGGUCUUAUUCUGUUUUUCCUAACAAUUUGAUGAAUUCCAUGGCUCCAAAUUUUGAGAGGUAUGAUUUUUCAUCAGAUAUGGUGGAAGUAAUAGCUCAGAAAAUUUGGGAGAAACAUGCAUGAAGUUGAAAAUUUUUUUAGCAUUGUAGAAAACAGGUUUCAGUUAAUUAUGCAUGUCUACCGUUGAAACCCAUAUUGUUGGGAAUGUUUUUUCAUUCAUGUAUAUACCGAUUGAAUGCAUAAUUUGGCUGUUCAUUUUGUUUA